AGCGGCACAGCCGGAUGUUUGACAGCAGCAGGAGCCACUGACCGAGACCCACGGUAUUUUAUCAAGUGACCUUGCCGGUGGACACUGCAUCAGGAGCUGUUAGAAACGUCCAUCUCACGGUAACGAACAUCGAAUGGGUGACGAGAAGAACGGGGCGUGCGAUAGGUCCAUAUAUGUGAACAAUCCCCAUUUAGACUCCAUGAAAGAUGACAUCCUGUACCAUUUUAACCUGGGAAAAUCCACUCACGACUUACCAGCGAUGUUUGGAGAUGUCAAAUUUGUGUGUGUAGGAGGAAGUCCAUGGAGGAUGAAGUCUUUCACUGAAUACAUUGCCAAAGAACUGGGGCUAUCAGAGCCUAAUGCUGAAUUUCCAAAUAUAUGUGAAGGAACGGAUCGCUAUGCCAUGUACAAAGUUGGACCUGUGCUGUCUGUCAGUCAUGGCAUGGGCAUCCCAUCUAUCUCUAUAAUGUUGCAUGAGCUUAUCAAGCUCCUGUAUCACGCUCACUGCACUGAUGUCACUGUAGUGCGCAUUGGAACAUCAGGUGGAAUAGGUUUAAAGCCAGGUACUGUGGUGGUUACCAAACAGUCAGUGGAUUCUGUGUUCCAGCCUCGCUUUGAGCAGAUCAUCCUUGGAAAACCAGUGGUCAGGAGCACAGAACUUGAUGCCGAACUUGCAGAGGAACUUUUUCAGUGUGGCAAAGACCUUGCAGAGUUUGAGACUGUUAUUGGUAACACAAUGUGCACCCUUGACUUCUAUGAAGGUCAAGCUCGGCUGGAUGGGGCUUUCUGCUCGUAUACUGAAGAAGAUAAACAGAGCUAUCUUUCCGAAGCCUAUGCCGCUGGGGUUCGUAACAUUGAAAUGGAGUCAUCUGUGUUUGCAGCCAUGUGCAAACUGAGCAAUCUUCAAGCUGCGGUUGUGUGUGUAACACUGGUGGACAGACUGAAAGGAGACCAGCUGACCAGCUCUCAUGACAUCCUGAAUAGCUACCAGCAGCGACCUCAGGUCCUGGUUGGACAUUACAUCAAAAAGAAGCUGAAUGCCUAUAAGAAAUUUUAGUUUGAAAGCUUUGAAAGAGUACGAGGUAAAGGUAGGGAAAAGUAUAGUGCAGUUAUUUGAAUAUAUGGCAAAAAGCAGCUCUUAUAAGUUUAUCAAAAGGUAACAGAAAUACCUUAGAAUUUUUCUACAGUUUAAUACUGCAAUUACUAAUGUGCUCAUGCAACCUCAUGCCUUGAAUGUAAUACCUUAAUUUCCUUGUUUUAAAUUGGUAAAAGGCACAUUAAUUUCUAGACAAUUUGAUUUGUCUUAAAUAACAUAUAUCUAUUUUUGUUUUAAAAGGCACUUAUUAAAACUACUCCCGAUGAAGUAGUUGUGUAAAAGGGAAAGAUUUUAUACAAAAAAAGAGAGAAAGAGUUAAGCGGUUUUAGCACUAGUUACUUUUAAAAGGGUCCAAGGAGCAUUUUCAAAAAACAAUAAACCUCUGUUUGUUGGUCUAUGAUUAUGUUACAAACAAAUUGUUUGUAAAAUUUUACUGUAAUGUUCACAAAUGUCUUAAAAUUAAAUGUUCACAAAUUAAUUAAAAAUUGCAUAAUAUUUCUCCUUAAGUUUGCUAUGUUUAACAUGGAAUGUAUUAUUUUAUUUCCGUAACUGAAUGUUUUGUUAUACAACAUUCUGAAAAAUAAAACAGAGAUUAAAUUAUUUGUUAAAUGAAAGCUGUAUGUGGUCCAAUUUCAGUUUUAUAUGAAAUAAAUGCAAAUAAAUAAAUACUGUGUAGAAAGUGUU